UUGUUUGAUCAGUUUAUUGGCAAUGGCAACUAAUACUAUUAAGGGAUUAAAGCAAGGAACAGUUAAAAUCAUUGUUGAAGAAAUUGUCCCUUCUUUCUGCUGGUCAGAAGAUCCUACUUCUCAUUAUCUUCUCGUUGAUCUUCCUGGAUUCAAGAAAGAAGAAGUGAAACUCCAAAUAGAUAAUGUUGGAAAGAUAUUGGCUAGCGGGGAAAGGAAACAUGAAAACAAAAUCAUACGGUUCAAGCAAACUUACUUGGCCCCGGAUAAUUCGGAAAAAGAGAAAACCACGGGUAAAUUCGAGGGCGAGAUCUUAUAUGUCAUUGUGCCGAAGAAGAUCAUGAAGAAAGAAGAUAACGAAGAAAAAGAAUUGGACAACUUGAGGUGCGACAAAACGAGAGACGACAAAAAGGUGGUGGAAAGAGUAGACGGAAGUCGUGAAGGAGGAGAUCAAGGGUUAACCAUGGUGAGGAAGAAAGCUGAGAUUGUGAUGGAGAUGGUGAAGAAGAACAAAGGGAUUGUUAUUACGGCUGUUUUGGCUUUCUCUUUAGGUGUAUUUGUUUCCAAGAGUCUAUUAAUUGGGAAUGACCAAUCAUCCAAUGAAUCAUAGAUAUAUAAUUAUUUCAUCAUUGUAAAUAAUCAAUAAUAAUAUUAAUAAUAAUAAAACAAUAAUAUCAAGUA